AUGGCGAACAUGGUGAAAGUGAUUUCCUUUGUUUUGCGAUACUUUUCGAGGGCGUUUUUACUGUUUUUGAUUUGAUUUAGAGGGACUUUGUAAGGUAAUCCGGCUGAUACGGACGUUCUUGUGGGGAAUUGAUCUUUUCGACCGGUUGAACUGCAUUGACUACCUUUGUGCUGUUUUAAACUGUUAGUCGUGCUACCAGUUCGACUUGUUUAUGCUAUACUUUAACUCAUUUGUCUUAUUUUAGGCCAUGGAAGAGUCGUGGACUCCCAUUGUUAAAGAUGACGUCUUUUUUAAUGACACGACCUCUGGAGAACUCACUUAUGUCUUCGAUAACCAUGCUCACAACGCUUCAGUUCCAGGUAUGCAGAGAUAUUUCCGUUUCCGGGAAAACUUUAAAAAAUUUUGACGUUAGCUGCCAUGGAUAAUGUAAUGGGUCUGGCGUUUGUCGUGAGAUAGCAUGAACGUUGAAACUUUUCUUAUCGCUUAGUGAAAUGCCUUAUUUAUUUUUGGGAAGGAUUUCGAACUGUUAGCGUUUCUAUUUUUAGAGAAUUAAGCAGUUUUUUCGCACCUUCCAAUGCGUUUAAAACUGGCGAAAUAGAGUGGGAUUUUAUCUGUUUUUUCGCGAUUGCUUUUGCCUUUGGAGCCCGAUUGUCCUUUGUAGAGUCAAUCAACUCUAUUCUGGUCAUCAGUUUCGUAUCUUACGCCAAACUUUACUGUUUGGACAGCCGGUUUAAUUCGGUCAUAAAGACGACUAUAGGACUUUAUGGGAUGAAAUAUUUGCUCAGCCCAAAAUCGGGCAAUCGUUUUGAUGUUGCUCUCUAUGUUAUGUAGAUUAUGGAGCUUGAGCAAGAGAAAAUUGGCGGUUUGAGCAGCUCAGACUUUAUUUUAGGUAAUAAACGACCUUAUUUUAGGUAUCAACUUUAGAAUUUUGAAAGAAAUUAGAAAAUUCAAAGAGUUUUUCCCAUUUUAUGUUGUGUGCUGACAAAAAAUUAAUUUCAGAGUCUUUCUACACGUAUGUCGACUACGGAUCCGAUGGAAUCUCUCCUUGUUCGUCCACUUCUUACCUCCCAAGUCCCGAAGCUCCCGAAUUGAGUCCCACACAGUUGAAUCAAGCUUUGGUUAAUGGAUUUAUCGAUCUGGACACACAAAUUCCUCGUGGCUACGUCCAUAAUAACAAUGAUCAAGAGACGGCGAACCUGGUUUUUGUAAAAGAGGAAAAAGAAGACGAACCUUGUCCUGUCAGUCCGAUGUCCAGCAUGUCCGAUUCGAAGUCAUUGAGCUUUGUGCAGUCUCCCGAAUCUGGGGGUAAGUUUCGGAGCUGAUUAUAGAAUGUUUUGAUUUUAUUUUGGAAGAUUUUUGAUAUUAUCCAUGCUCUUUAGGUUAUGCGGAUUACAAACAGUACCCAGCACCUCGAGCAAUGCGUCAGUUUGAUUCGGAUUUUGAGACGGACUUGAUGCCACCAAUACCACCGUCUCGAACUCGGUCCAAGAUGCACGAUCUGGCGGUUAAACAUCGACUUAUUACGGAUCAGGUGAGCUCAAGGACAAUGUCAAGGCGGAAUUUAUAUUUUGAGGGGUUAGGAUUGAUGUUUUAGAGAUUCUUUUUUAAUAGAUUUGAAAUAGAAUCUCUGGUGAUUACAACGGAUAACAGUCCUGCUUAUUUUGGCGAGCUGCGCCAUCUUUUUUCUAACCCUUGAGUAAUUUUGCACGAAUUAGCCUUCAAAUUGCGAAACAAGAGGCGACAAGUCGCCGGCGACAAUAAAUUAGGUUAACUGGAAUGGAAGUACAUGAUACGGGGCCGACUUUGAUGUUAUCUUGGUCUUCAAACUGCUUCAAAAGAUAUUGAGGUCAUUCAAAUCUCGUCGAGAAUUUACGACAGCGAAUGCAGGAAACAAAUUGGUAAUGAAGUAGGAGUAGAAAAAAUAAAGAGGAUAAAUUUACAAUAGAAAAUUGUCUUAUGACAGCAAGACAUUAUACAUGUUGGUUUAGUCAAAUAAAAUGCUUGAUAAAGUUGGAAAUGCACGAACCAAAAUCUUUGACAUUCUAGUUUCAGAACGCUCGGAGCAAUGGGAUGAUUCAACUUUCGUCUGAGGAGAAACGGACUCUGAUCCAAGAGGGCUACGAACUCCCGACCACCUUACCCUUGACCAAAGAACAGGAAGAAGCACUGAAAAUUGUUCGAAGGAAGAUCAAAAAUAAGGUGAGAAUGGGAGAAUUGGACGGAUUAUGUUGAGGUUUAAGAGAUUUGAGACGAUCUGGUCCAUUUUAUAUUGUUUUAAGCACUUUUGGAUAUUAAGAUCGUCUGAUUUUUGAACAAAAAUUUUAUUCAUUUUGCCUUUUUUAGUUGAGCGCUCAGGAAAGUCGUCGCAAGCGCAAGGAAUACAUUGAUAGCCUGGAAAGGAAGUGCCAAUCAUAUUAUAAUGACAACGUGGCCCUCAGAAACAAGCUGAAACAAAUGGAAGCCCAGAACCGUGACCUCAUCAACAAACUCAAACGUCUGGACCCACUCACUGUUGGUUAA